UUCUUUUNUUCCACUGCAAAAUACCCACCCCACUCCAUCUAUGAAAUUCACUUGCAGAAUCUCACUUGAGUCACUUCCAUAAGCCAUUGAUGGCUUAUAAAGAUUGAUAUCUAUGUAUCUAUUAUAUAGACAUAUAUUUUGUGCGAAUAUUUAUACAUAGUUGUAUGGUAUUUUAGUGUGUAUAGAGUGUGUGUAUAUGUCUAAAAGAAUGGAGAGGUACGGCGGGGGUGAGGCAGUGGAGGGGGCACCAGUGGAUCCGAUGGUGGAAUGGGCCUCUCCUAGCGGUGAAACCGGACUGGAAGAGCCUAUGUGGGAGUUGGGCCUUGGAGGUGGGAUUGAAUCGUACCCGGAGAGGCCGGGCGAGCCUGAUUGUGGUUAUUACUUGAAGACUGGGUUCUGUGGGUAUGGUGCUCGCUGUCGUUUCAGUCAUCCCCGUGAUCGGAGUGCGGUAAAAGCUUUCAAUUUUUAUGUGUCGAAUUUUGAUCUGGAGGGUUUAAUUUUGACUUUUUGUUGCAGGAUUGGUGUGAUAGAGCACUCAAAGUGUUGGGUUUUGCUAAUUACUGUGAAUUUAUUCCAUUUUUAAUGGGGCGCUAAUUACUGUGAAUUUAUUCCAUUUUUAAUUGGGUUUUGUGUAGAUUUGGUUCUAAUUUGUGUAAAAAGUAAUCUUUUUGAGUUUUACUGGAGAUCAUAAUAGUUUUUGCAAGAAAGGGAAUACAAUAUAUUGUGGAAAACAUUUCCUUCUGAUGGUUUUGAUUUAGAAACAUGGACGGAUUGAUUUCAUUUGUGUUCUGAUAACAGGUUAUGGGAGCAUUGAUUGCUGACGAUGGUGAUUACCCUGAACGUGUUGGUCAACCAGUCUGCCAGGUAUGCAUUUACUUGAAAUUAAUUUUGCGAACAAAGAUAUAUGUGUAUGUGUUUGUUGCGUAAAAUAAUGCUUGGCAUCAGGUAUUCAUUUGCAUGCAAUUUGUCUUCGACAAAAAUAUACGUUUAUUGGUUUGUUUAGCGAAAAAGAUGUUCUCUGCCAGGUAUCCAUUUGCAUUCAAAAUUAUUAAAGAUGUUGAAUAAAUUAAUAAUAGGGAUAUAAAGAAAAAAUAUAAAGGUUUGUUAUUACUUUCUGAAGGCAAAGUAUUUAUAAAUUAAUUUAUACUAUGGAAUUUCCAUUUGCUAGAUUUUACUGUGUAAUGAUUAAUCCAUCUGUUCAUUGUUUAAUAUGGGGAAAGUACAUUUGUGAGAUUAUUUUACUCAAGCAAUUUGUCUGCUUACUGUUUUGUAGACUGAAUUUCUCUUUGUUGAUCCAUGGAUUCAAACAUUUUGUCUGCGUACUAUCUGAAAUUGUCCUUUUGUUCCCUAUAGAUUCCUAGUUUGACGUCUAUGAAAAUACCUUGUUUGGAUUUGAUUGUGCCAUUUAUUAAAUGCCUCCAUAUGAAUUGGUCAACUGCCUAUUAUCGAAG